AUGCAUUUCCCACGCUUAGUUGGCACCGUUCUCGCCCUAUGCAUAGGGGCAGCUGCCUCUCCGACAGCAGACCUACCCAUCUCAGCCCUGACAGAUGAGGUAGAGUCCGACCAGUCGGUUCUCUACUACGGAACGAGCGGGAAUACUUCUUUGCUUAUUGGCAAUGAUGGCGGCGCUGCAACGGGUGGAAUACGCAGCUUCGCGUUGACACCGCAGAAUGGAACCCUAACCCAGGCUGCGGAGGUUACGCCCGGCCGGACAAAGACUGUCGGUGUGCUGUACAAUAUCGACAACCAGGGGAAGGAUGUGGUCGUGUCAAUUGCUGCCCCAGACUCCUUGAUUCGGCUGUUCGAUGUCAAUAGUUUGAAGCAGGUUGCUGGCGUUGAGAAGAAAGCGCUUGGGGAUUGGUCGUGUCUGUGUACGUGGGGGAACUAUUUCUUCCUUUUCGGGAAGAAGGCUGCGAUGCAGUUCUUGGUUAGAGAUCGUGGAAGCCUGGAAAUACUUGAGAUUCAAACAUUCCCACUGCCCGUGGAACCGAGCUCGUGUGCUGUCGCAGAUAACCUUGUCUACUUUGCUGCAGAGGACGAGAAUAUCUAUUCCUUUACAGCCGCCGAGUCUACAGCUACUCCUGAGAUAGAGGUGCUUGGACAAGUAACCGACGAGAUAUCAGGACUGGGCGUUUAUAUAUCAGAAACGCACUACGUCCUCGUCUCCCAGACAGACAAGAUCGAAGUCUACACACCAGACCUACAGCUACAAGGCUCACUAACCGUAACCGGAGCAGAAGACAUCGAAAUCGCCGGGCUUUCAAUCCACCAAGCCAAUUCAAGCCAAUAUCCAUACGGCCUGCUAAGCUUCGCCAUCGAGUCAGACUCUGCCAAUGGCUAUGGCACCGCCUCGCUGGAGCCAGUAUUCCAACAACUGAACCUGAAACCAAACACAACAUACACCCCAGGACGCUCACCCCAAAUCCCCGUCCAGAACGGCUUCAAGAACCAAGACGGAACCCUAUCCUGCUUUGCAGGUUUCACCGGCCCACGAUGCAAGACAUUUACCUGCCCCAACGCCUGCUCCUCGCAAGGAUCCUGCACCGGCCCCAACGAAUGUCUCUGCGACGCCCCCUACGCAGGCCCCGACUGUUCUUGGCUAGGCACGUCAGCGAAAUACGAAACAGACGCCAACGGUGGCGACGGUGAUGAUCCUGCGAUUUGGAUAUCCCCCAACAGCUCGAAUACAUCGACUAUCAUCACCACGACCAAGUCAGGGAGUGGUGCCGGAUUGGCGGUUUUUGACCUAAGGGGAACAUUACUCCAGACGAUUACGGCGGCAGAGCCGAAUAAUGUGGAUGUGAUUUAUGGAUUUCAGCAUGGCCGGAGGAGGGUUGAUCUAGCUUAUGCGGCUUGUAGGGGGGAUGACACUCUUUGUUUGUUUGAAAUCACACCAAAGGGCCAUCUAAAGACUAUACCCGGUGGAAGCCAGCCAACACCGGAAGACUACACCGUCUACGGCUCGUGCACGUACCGCUCGCCAAACUCCGGAAAGCAGUAUUUAUUCGUGAAUGCCAAGUCUGGAGAGUAUCUUCAAUAUGAGCUGCACUCUAACGGGACUGCGCUAUCUACCACGCUUGUCAGGUCUUUCACUGGUGGUUCCGGUGGACAGCCUGAAGGAUGUGUUACGGACGAAGAGAAUGGGUGGUUAUUCCUUGGUGAAGAGGCGCUGGGUGUAUGGCGGUAUGAUGCUGAGCCAGACUCAGAGACAAAUGGGACGCUUAUUGCGGAGGUUGGCGGCGCGGUGUAUGCGGACGUCGAGGGGCUGUCUCUGCUAUACGGAAAAACAGCCGAUAAGGGGCUUCUGGUUGUGUCGUGCCAGGGGGUGAGUGCGUAUUCUGUUUUACGGCGAGAGGCGCCGCAUGAGCAUGUCCUUACCUUUACGAUUGGGGAGGCGGAUGGGGUUGAUGGGGUGACGAAUACGGAUGGGGUUGCUGGUGUUGGGACGAGGCUGAACGGGGAUUUCCCCAAGGGGCUGCUGGUCGUUCAUGAUGAUGCGAAUCAGCUUGAGAAUGGUGGGACGGCAGAGUUGGCGAGUUUCAAGCUGGUUAGUCUGGAGGAUAUCCUGGAGGGGGUGGAUGAGGUUGAUACAGAGUGGGAUCCUCGAGUGGUAUAG